AUGAAUAAAGAGCAAAUAACUCCCGAAUUAAUAAACCUAAAACAAGCAAUACAACCUAAAUACUUACUGAAUACUAGACAAAGCGGAGAAGCCUUGGAACUUUUAAGCGGAUUAGAAAACAACAGCACCAACCUUAUUUUUUUCGACCCUCAAUAUGAACCAGUGCGGAAUGUUUUGCGGACUGAUUAUCCGCUUUAUUCGCAAAGUGAUUAUCAAAUUUUAAGGAUUUUGGAGCAAGUUGAGCGAGUAUUAAAACCAAAGGAGGAUGUUGUGCCAACAAGUAAAAGGAAGCAUCCCCACCAAAAACCUAGGGAAUUAAUAAAGGCUUUAAUUGAGGCUACCACUAACCAAGGAGAUUUAAUUGUUGACCCUUGUGCGGAUUCUUUCGUGGUUUUGGGAGUUUGCCGGGAGUUAAAAAGGGAAUUUCUAGAUGAGGUAGAACACCGAGCUGAUUAUUGUCAUUCGAGGUGUGGAAAUGAUUGCGAUCAAAUUUGUGGUAGAUGCAAUAGAAGAACCCUUACUACAAAAGUGGCUAAUCGAGGUGAUAAUAAUACAGCCGCACUCAGAUGGGCAGUUGGUGAAGCUCAACGACAGGCGAAAUUAACUGGUAAAACUGGAGAAAUAGAGCUUCCUGAGAAAGAAUAUAAACUUAUUAAGGUAAAUUUUGCUACCGGUGAUCAAUUUACAAAAAUUGCUUUUCUUCGUUCGAAAGAUGGCACAGGUACGGUUACUCCUGAACAAGGCGAAGAUGGUAAACAGAAGCAGAUUAUUGAAACUGUUCCUAAGAAUGAUUUGAUUUGCUCUAAUGGCUUCCGAACUAGAAUAUAUGACCAAAAUGGCAAGCAAAUUGUUGAAGGAAAAUUAGAGGUAGUUGAUCAUCAAAUUCAUCAUACUGAUGAUGGAAAUACUAUUUCAGUUCGCACUACCCUUCCUCCUAGUGGUGGAGGAGAUCAACAAAAGAGCAGUCAAGAAAGUCAACAAACUGAUGGAAACAAAAUAAGUGAAGAAAACAGUAAAAGUAAAGAGGAAAAAAAUGAUGAAAAUAUUCAAGAGGAAAAUAAAACAGGUGAAAGAAGUGGCAAAGAGGAAAGUAUCCGAAAGGAAAAUAUUGAAAAUGCAAGCAUAGGAAGUCAAGAUUGUUUGGUUCAUAGUUCAGCCAAAGUGGAUAUCAAUGAGGUGGGAAAUCUGAUUUAUCCUGUGGAAAUUUUUACUGAUAGUGAGAGGAAAGCACUUUCUGAGGUGUUAAAUAAUUCAUUGUUAGUUAAUUUUGUAUCCUCUGGAAAGUUUGUGCAAGGUAGUUUAAAUAAAAAUAAUUAUCGAAGUAUUUCAUUGUCGAAUAGUUCAAAACCUGAUAAUAAUACUCAACAAACUAACAAAGGAAAAAAUAUUUUGAUAGUUUCUGGUGUGGUUUUCGUUUUGCUGGUUGUUAGUUUAGCAAUUGUAAAAAAAGUGGAACACCGCCCUGUUUAUGGUGAAGCAAGUAGUUCUCGUUGUUCUGUAUGUGCGAUGAGUACUUUGGCUUAUAUUCAGCCUAGAACUAAUGAAACUCAUGAGGAAAUGAUUAAGCAAAUGACUGGCGAAGCCCAAAGGAUAGCAAAAAGAACCGGUAAAACAGGAGAUAUAGAAGUAUCAAGAACAAUCGGCAAUGCUGGUGGUGAAUAUCAGACUUGGGUUCUAGUUUACAAUACUUAUACUCGCCAAUGUCAUUUUGACAGGAAAAAGCCAACCGAAACGGAAAAACCAACUAUAAUUCAGUUAGAUGAAAAUCAAUACAAACAUUUUCUAAUUGCUUUUGGCAAUAUUGUUAGGGAAUUAAACUCUAUUGCUUUUAAAGUAAAAGAGUUAGAAAAUGGAAUGAAAUUAAUCGAAGGAGAAUUGAGAUUAAACAGUGGUCAUUAUUUUGGUAAUAUCUGUGAAGUAAGAAUUAAUUGUCAUUAUGUAUGUGGUCAUUCACAUAAAGAAUAUGAUGAUAUGAGAGAUAAGUAUAAUGCAUUAGAAAGAGAGCGUAAUGAUUUGCCUGAGGAAAAAUUAGAAAAUUUUAAAACUGAAAAAGUAGGUUUUUUAAAGCAAAUUGAAGAUGGAAAGAAAGAACUAGGUUUGAUUCGUGUUGAGAAAGACAAAAAAAUAGUAUCGAUAGAAGAAAAAUUAACUCAAAAGGAUGAUGAGUUAAGAAAAUUGGAAAAGAAAAUGGAGGUUUUGCGAGUGGAUAAAGAAAAGGCAAUUAGACAAAAGGAGAAUUCUUUAAAGGAGACGAGUGGUGAAUUGAAAAGAAAAGAACAAGAAAUUAAAGUUUUACAAAGUCAAAGAUUUAGAACACAAGAAGAAUUAUUAAUUGAAAGGUUAAAUUCAGAAAAAAGUAAUUUAGAAGUUUUUGCUAGUGAAUUAAAGAUUGAUUUGGAAGCAAUUCAUAGUUUAACUAAGAAUUACCAAAGAUUAUUAUUUUCUCGUAAGGAACGUAAUCGGAGUGUUGUUGAAGAUAGCGAGGGGAAAAUCGCUAAAACUAAACAAAGUUUAUUAAGUUCAAACAUUAGUAUAGAAAAUGUUCGAAAAAUUAGUCAAGAAUGCGAAAAACUUGCUGGGUUAAGCGAUGAAGAAUUAAGGAAAAGGUAUGAUAAUGGAGAAACAAUUGCUUCUGAUUUUGAUGCUUUGGAUCGUUCCUCAACUCUUAAUGAAAUUGGGGCGGUUUUUUGUUUUACUUUACCACGGGUUCAUGCGGAAGAUUUAGAUCCAAUCUUGUGGCAAUUUUACCAAAGUUGGGGAGAAAAAGUAGUAAAAAUGGAAAUUACUAUUUCCAAAGGCAAGGAUAGGAGUGAAGAAUUAAAAAAUUUCAAAGAGGAAAUGGUUAAGGCUAUCAAAGAGGCCGAAACUACUCUUAGGGUUAGGGAAGAGAACAAGAAAAGAAGUGAAGAAGAUUCUGAGUUAAAUCAAGCAAGAAAAGAUGCUUUUGGAUAUAUAGAAAAAGAAAUGAAUGAAAGAGAUUUAAAAGUCAAGGAUUUAGGACAAUAUUCUAAUUAUCAAGAAAGAAUUAACAAGUUAGGUGAAGUAGAAAGAAUUCGCAACUUUCGAGAGGAGGUUUUGGGAUUUAUCUCGAAAUUGGUCAAAAAAGAGUCCAAAACAAAAAGAGAAGAUAAUUAUCAUUUACCGAAUAAUCCCUAUUAUCCAUCAGGAGGGCAAUCUAACUACUUAUCCCCUAAUAACAAUAACCCUAAUUUUCUCAAGCCACGAAGAGUUUUUGAUAGGCGAGAUGAACCGCGAAAUAGAAUUGAGGAAGAUAGGUUUUUUUUAAGCGGAAUUCGGGAUAAAAGUAGAAAUAAAGAGUUGGAAGAGGAUAAUAAGGCACUAAAACUAAAAGUUACUGCACCCCAAACUUCUUGGUUUAGACAAAAAUUACCUUUCGUUGGUAAAGAAAAACAAUCGAAGGUGGUGGCUUUAAAUAGUGCUACUGUUCUAAGUAAUAAAAACAAUAAUUCUUUGCCAAUUAUUCCUAUUAUUGGAGUAAUUAGUGUGCUAGUAAUUCCCAGUGUGGUGGUGUGGUUAAAAAGAGGUCUCGGUUAA